AUGAUCAGGGUUUACAACAAGACUUCUUGCAUGGUUAAACCAGCUGACCAGACAUGGUCUGGUAAGCUGGCCUUAUCAGAACUGGACCAAACUGGGGUAACCGUUCAUGUCCCAACCAUGUACUUCUACAGACAAUCCCCUGAGGACUGGUUCGAUGUUCUGCAAACUCUAAAAAGUUCACUCAGUAGUACCCUGGUUCAUUUCUACCCUUUGGCCGGCCGUCUAUCCUCGGUUUCUGGAGGGCGUCUGGAGCUUGAUUGCAAUGCGGCCGGUGUGCAGUUCGUGGAAGCUUAUGCCGACAAGAAACUUACCGAUCUGGAUACUUUCUUACCAUCUCCGAUCUAUCACCAACUCACUCCUUCAAUAGAUUAUGUUAGUGCACCUCUUGAGGAAAUCCCAUUGUUAGUUUUGCAGGUCACCAGGUUUGUUUGUGGAGGGUUAAGUCUUGGUUUAAGCAUAUCACAUGUUGUUGCGGACGGCCAAAGUGCACUUCACUUCGUGUCCGAAUGGGCUAGGAUUUCUCGAGGUGAGUCGUUAGAGUCACCACCCUAUCUUGAUAGAAAAGUUUUGCGAGCUGGGGAUCCUCCAAGGGCAAACUCGAGGCUUGAACACACAGAGUUCGAUCCUCCACCGAUCCUAAUAGAUCAUUCUGAAAACGAAAGUGAGCAUGAGAAGGAGACCGACGUCACAAUGUUGAAUUUAACAGCAACCCAAGUAGAGAAACUGCGGAACAAAGCUAAUAAUAGUUGGAAAAGUGAGAUGAGCCAUGGUUUUACACGAUAUGAGGCUAUAACUGCGCACAUAUGGAGAACUGCGUGCAAAGUGCGUAAUCACAAACCAGAGCAGCCAACUGCAUUGGCUAUCUGCAUCGACGUACGAGGUAAGAUGAGCCCACCGUUGCCAAGAAAGUACUUUGGAAAUGCUAUCAUCAAUGUGAUCGCCACAGGAAGGUCGGGUGAGAUAGUUUCAAAGCCUUUAGGAUACAGUUCGAGUAAAAUAAGAGAUGCGAUCGAAAAGGUUGAUGAUGAGCAUGUAAACUCGGUGAUAGAUUUUCUUAAGGGUCAAGAAGACUUAUCGAAGUUCCGAGACUUGCAACCAUCAAGUAACGAUGGACAUUUUUACGGCAACCCAAAUCUUGGAGUUAUAAGCUGGUUAACACUACCACUCUAUGGUGCCGAUUUUGGUUGGGGGAAGGAGAUUCAUAUGGGUCCAGGAACACAUGAUUCCGAUGGUGAUUCUUUGAUUCUUCAUGGCAAAGAUGGAGAUGGAUCCUUGGUUGUUGCAUUGUGUUUGCAGGUGAGGCAUAUGGAGGAUUUCCAGAAGGUGUUCUACCAAGAUAUUGAUAUAGAAUGA